AUGGCUUUCUUUCUCAGGCGCCCCUUUGUGGUGACCUCGGCGCUUCGCCAGGUCCCCAAAUCCAGCACUGCUCGCUUCAUCCACAACUCUCCGUUCAAGCCCGCCCAGGCCUCCAAGCCGUUGGGCGCUUCUUCCGUCUUCGCGAAGUCCCGACAGACCUUCCAAAAUGCCUUCCGACGGACGUACAUGCAGCCGACCUACAAUGCCCAGGGUGGCAACCUCACCUCGAAGCUGAUCUAUGGCGCGGCCAUCGUCGGUGGCACCGUUCUGGCGACCAACCUGGUCUUCAACCGUGAGACGAGAGAGGACGGGGGCAUGCCCGAGUAUGAGCGAAGCUUCCUGAACGAAACUUUUAUGCACACCGGCCUUGGUAUUGGUAUUAUUGGUAUUGCUGCGCGCGCUCUGCACAUGAAUGGAUGGUCGUACCGUCUGAUGGCCAUGAACCCGUGGGCCGUCGUCGGCCUCGGUCUGGUCGGUAGCAUUGGCACGAUGUUUGGAACUUUCUACACGCCCCCGGAGAACUACCUCAUGAAAUACGGCCUCUGGACCGCCUUCAACGUCACCCAGGCCGCUCUCCUCUCUCCGCUGAUGUUCCUGCACCCUGCUCUGCUCGCCCGUGCCGGUAUGUACACUGUCGGUAUGAUGGGCUCGAUUGCCUUCGUCGGCGCCACCGCUAAGCAGGAGAAGUACCUCUACCUGGGUGGCCCGCUCCUGGCUGGUGUGACUAUUGUUGCUCUCUCUGGCUUCGCCCCACUGGUUCUCCCCGCCACAGCUGCUCGCACCUUGAUGUGGUCUGAGCGCAUCUGGCUGUACGGUGGUCUGGCUGUCUUCGGUGGCUUCACUCUCUACGAUGUGCAGAAGGUCCUGCACCACGCUCGUCUGUCCCAGCGAGGUUUGAUCAAGCGCGAUGUUGUCAACGAGAGUGUCAGCCUUGAGCUGGACUUCAUCAACAUCUUUGUCCGUAUGGUCCAGAUUCUCGGCAUGCGGAGCAACAACCGGAAAUAA